ACCCGGGUCUAGAACAACUGCUGACUAAGCGGCGGGCGGCGUGGGUGGCGGGGGUGGCGGUGGCGCGCUCGCCGGACAGCCGGGGUCACGCGCCCGAGUACGAACAGAAUGGGCUCGGGGCGCUUGGCCCCCCGCGGGAAGCUAGACUCCCGACUCGCAGCCGGGGCCCUCACUGGGCCUUCCGGGGGCGGGGGGUGCGCUCCACAAAGGGGAAACUGAGGCCCAAGGAAUUUAGGACUCUCCUAAAGUUACAAAGCUGAAUCCGUCUCUACACCCUGGCACCCCCCAACUCUGUCCAUCAUCCGGAAGAAUCUUUCCCCGACUUUGCCUUCCCCUUCUGUCCUGUCUUCCCAGUAAGAACAGACCACCUGCCCAGGGAGACCGACAGGCCAAGCUGUGCUCAUUAGAUAGGAUAAGAUCCAUGAAGGGGAGGUGGGGGUUGGUGGCUAGAGGACAGGAAAGAGUCAUUUGAACUGGGCUUCAAGAGGUGAAUAGGAGUUUGCUUGUGAGAGACUUGGAGGAAAGCACAUGGCAGGCUGAGGAGCUUUCUGCAUUUUCCCUGCAGGAGCCUGGCAGCACACAGCCCCAAGACCACCCUUGACCACCUCCAGCCAAGUUAUGCUUGCCAGGAGCCCUCCUGGCCUGCGGUCCCCGACGCUGCCUCUCGCCUCCUCAGUCCUGAUGGUGCUGCUGAGCAGCCUGUGGCUCAUAGGGGCUGGUCCCAGCCUUGUCCUUGCCCCAGGGCUGCUGCUGGACCCUUGGCAGGCACACCGGCUGCUGACCCAUGCCCUGGGCCACACAGCCCUACCUGGCCUGCUCCUGAGCCUGCUGCUCCUGCCUGCACUGGGCUGGCAGCAGGAGGGCCAGCUGGGCACGCUGCGAUUCCUGCACGCCUCUGCCCUGCUCGCCCUGGCUUCUGGGCUGCUGGCUGUGCUGUUGGCAGGCCUCGGUGUAUCCAGUGCAGCCAGGGGCUGCGGAUAUAUGCCUGUCCACCUGGCCAUGCUGGCAGGGCAGCGUUACUGCUCUAGACAACCCAAGGGGGCACUGCCACCGUGGCUGCUGCCAUGGCUGCUGCUCGCCCUGACGCCACUGCUCAGCUCAGAGCCACCCUUCCUGCAGCUCUUCUGUGGCCUCCUUGCUGGCCUGGCCUAUGGAGCUGGAGCCUUCCGGUGGCUGGAGCUCUCGGAGCAGCGGCUGCAGGCGCUCCAGGAGGGGGUCUUCUGCAGGGCCCUGGCGGAGUGCUGGCCUCUCAGGCUCCUUCCCUCGCCAGGCAGUGUGGCUGCACUGCCGGUCAGCCGUCCUGCCGGAGUGAGGCCUCCCACCCCUGGACCGCCUUACACGGCCUCCCCUAGCCUCUGGUCCCACAGUGAAGACUCUGCCCUGCUCGUGCCAGGCCUGGGGCCUGCACUGCCAACCUGGGAGGACUCCUCAGAGGUGGGCCUGGCCUGGGCCAGUCCCAGCUUACCCCGCAGCACCUCGCUGUGGGCAUCCCUGGAUGAGCAGAUGCUGCAGGCAGGGAUCCAGGCGUCGCUCCUUGAGGGGCCGGCCCAGUGUCCCGGGAGCUCACUGUGGCUGCCUAAAUCCUCCGUCUCUUCUCUGCGGCUGCAGCAGCUGGAGCGCAUGGGUUUCCCCAUGGAGCAGGCGGUGGUGGCACUGGCAGCCACAGGCCACGUGGAGGGCGCCGUGUCACUGCUGGUCGGCGGGGAGGUGGGGGCUGAGGCCCUGGUGACUCAAGGGAGGAGCGGGCCUGCCAACCCGGAGGGCCCUGGACCCCCCUAGCCGAGGUGGGCUCUCAGGUGACAAGAGGCCCAGCCUUGGGCAGGUGGUCUGAGUCCAACCCUGUCUGCUGAGAGUCACAGCAGGGUGCAGGAGAGGCCCCUUCAGCACCCUGUUCUGGUACUGUUUAGAAUAAAAACCAGUUCACCUUUCAGCCUGGACCUUCUCAGGGGCA